AUGUCCAUCUCUUCUCUUAACCACCGUUUUGGUGAUGAUGGAAAGGACUUCAUUACACCCGAGAAGAAAUAUCCCACAUACGACGCCGAAAUGCAGAAAGAGGGGGAUGUGGAGAAUGCAGCGGGUCAAUUGGAGGAAAUCACCGAAUUCAACCAAGGCCUUCACCAACGGCAUAUUCAGAUGAUUGCUCUUGCUGGUACUGUUGGCACUGGUCUUUUUCUAAGUUCAGGGCGUGCAAUUGCAGAUGCUGGACCUCUGGGUGCCUUUUUGGCAUAUUCCACAAUUGGCCUCCUGGUUUCAAGUGUUGUGUUUGGAGUCGGUGAAAUGGGUGCUCUGGUUCCACUUAAUGGUGGUGUGAUUCGCUAUGCAGAGAUAUUCUGUGACCCUGCCCUGGCCUUUGCCAAUGGUUGGAACCAAGUGUAUUCCUAUAUCGUCUCAAUUCCAGCUGAACUUGUUGCUGCCGCCGUGAUUGUUGAAUUCUGGAUCACCAUUAAUGCUGCAAUCUGGGUGACUAUCUUCGGUGUUUUGAUGAUUGUUACCGCGCUCCUCUUUGUACGAGUCUAUGGUGAACUUGAGUUUGGGUUCUCCAUUCUAAAGAUUAUGCUGAUCAUUGGAAUUAACAUCAUGGCCCUGGUCAUUACAUGUGGUGGAGCACCCAAUCACAAGAGCAUCGGGUUUGAAUACUGGAAGAGUCCGUACGGUCCAUUUGUCCAGUAUCUAGGAGUCGAGGGCUCACUGGGCCGAUUCCUUGGUUUCUGGACUGUAUUCAACAAUGCUCUUUAUGCAUAUUCGGGUAUCGAGAACAUCACUGUCGCUGCGGCUGAGACCAGAAACCCUCGACGUGCAAUUCCUAUGGCUGCUCGAAGAAUAUUCAUUCGUAUCAUCCUCUUCUACGUGAUAACGAUAUUUAUGGUCGGCCUUGUCGUCUCCCCUACCGAUACCGAUCUCCUCUCCUCAACCGGCACAGCAUCCGAAUCACCUUUCGUCAUCGCCGCUCGCAAAGCCGGAAUCAAAGUCGUCCCCUCGAUUAUUAAUGCCGUCGUACUCUCCUCCGCUUGGUCCUCGGGAAAUUCCAAUAUGCUAGGCGGUUCUCGAAUUCUUUACGGAAUGGCCAAGCAGGGCCAUGCCCCUGCGAUUUUCAAGCGAAUCAAUCGUUUCACUAUUCCCUACGUUGCCGUCGCCCUGUACAGUGUCUUCAUGGCAUUGGGAUACAUGACUGUAUCAAGUUCUGCUAGCACUGUCUUCACAUGGCUACAGGACAUCGUAUCCAUUUCAACAAUCGUGAACUGGCUAUGUAUCCUCAUCGUUUACCUUCGAUUCCUCUACGGAUGCAAGAAGCAGGGUAUCAACCGUCACACAGAACUGCCAUGGGCAGCUCCAUUUCAGCCCUACACCACCUGGGCUUCCUUGGUUGUCUUCAUUCUCCUGUUCUUAACCGGAGGCUAUAGCACUUUCAUGAAGGGCCGCUGGAGUAACGAGACAUUCAUCUCAUCAUACUUCAAUCUGCCAUUCAUCCUGAUGGUAUAUUUCGGAUAUAAGUUUUGGAUGAAGACGAAGAUUAUUCCUUUGGAGGACAUUCCUAUUCGGCCGUUUAUUGAACAGUAUCAGAAUAACCCCGAGCCAGAGCCCGAGCCUAAGCGUGGGCUUCGAAAACUCAAUAUCUUGUGGGAAUAA